UAAUUACCCACAAGCUUAGCUGACGAAUGGAACCAUUAAGAAGUAACUCUUUUUUCUGGCAGAAACCUGGAUGCUUUUUGCCAUUCUGAUGGUGAAUGAUGAGACAGGCAACCAUGGAUUUCAGCACUCCAUCUGUGUUUGAUCAGCAAAAAGGUGACUCAUCUGAGGAAGUCAACCUGACCAUGGUUUAUCAGGCAGCUUCUAACGGAGAUGUCAGUGCUCUGACUUCAGUAAUUCGGGAAGACCCUUCCAUCCUAGAAUGCUGUGACAGUGAAGGAUGUACACCCUUGAUGCAUGCAGUUUCUGGACGUCAAGUGGACACAGUGAAGCUAUUGUUGAAGAUGGGGGCCAAUAUUAACAUGCAGGAUGCUUAUGGUCGCACAAGUCUAUGCCUGGCAACCUAUCUGGGUUGGCUGGAAGGCUGUGUGAGUCUGCUUAGAAAUGGUGCCAAGCACAAUAUCCCAGAUAAAAAUGGCCGUCUGCCACUGCACGCUGCCACUGCUGAGCCCGAUGUGAGGACCCCGCUGCACUGGGCUGCAGCUGCAGGGAAGGCAGACUGUGUCCAGUCACUGCUGGAGCUGGGCAUGGACAGCAACCUGCGAGACACCAAGGAGAGCACACCCCUGGCCUACGCCCUGUACUGCGGCCACGCGGCCUGCAUCAGACUCCUCUCCCAGGAGAGCAGAACAGAGCCUACUCGACCCCUUCCUUCCCAGAACAGUAGACCCCAGAAGAAGGAGGGACGAUUUAGCAUGCUCAACCAAAUCUUCUGCAAAAACAAAAAAGAAGAGCAGAGGGCCUAUUACAAGGAUCACAGCAGGGACCGACACAGGGGGGAGCACACCUCGGAAGUCGAUGACAUCAUCACCACCUUUGACAGCAUCGUGGAGACCAACUGCCAAGACGAGCCUGGUGAUCAGGUGGCUAUGAUCGACUUUAAGAAGAGGACCUUGGAGAAUUCAAAAUAUCUCUUGCCAGAAAAGAAGCCUCUGGCCCAUAAGGGGCUUCCACCAAUCAGAACGCAGAGUCUCCCACCCAUCACCCUGGGCAGUAAGUUCCUGAUGGCUUCCCAGGGGGCCACUUCCCAAGCUGGCCUGAGCUCCGGUACUCAUCAGAUGGCCCAGCGAUCUCAGAAAAGCCGAAGUGAGCAGGACUUACUGCACAACAGAACUGGCUGCCAGACAUUGCUAGAUAACCCCUGGAGAGGUGAUUCUAACCAGGUGUUCUGUAAGGCUUGGACUGUGUCUUCUUCUGAUAAGCUGCUAGACAGAUUGCUCACCAGCAGGUCUGGUCAGCAGGAGGUCUUGGGGCUGCCCCAUCUUCCUCACCUACACAAUCCUUCAUCAGGACAAAAUUUUCAGCAUUUCUCCCCAAACAGAGCCCAGAUCAGGGACCUUCCUAUCACUCGGAACAACCUAGCUCCCCUGCCAGACCAAAAAUUUCUAUCUGGAGGACCUCUGCGGACCAACCGAGUGCUUCCUGCUAUUCCAAGCCAACGGGGACACAACGCAGCAGCCGAAGACAGUGAAAGCCUGGCCAAUCCCGCCACUGACGAAAAUUAACUGUGCGUCCCUGGUUGUAAAAAUAGAGAUUAUAUAUAUUUUCAACCGUCAAAGGAUGAGAUUACUCUAGUUUGUGAAAACAAAGACUGAUUUAGUAAAUUGCGUUCUAGAAGCCAUUCACAGUUUUAUAACAUUCCAGUGAUAUUUCCCAAAUAAGCGCUUGGAAUCUUUGUAUAUAUAUUUUAAGUCUGUGAGUUUCUGUGAUGUCUCCAUGCCAAAAUAAAAAUCACAAUAUGUUAUCAGUAGGGAAACUUUGCUAUGUUUGGUUUGCAUUGUGGUAUCAGCAGAUUUUUUUUUUUCCUGAAUGAUUUUGUUUUAAAAAUGUAUGCUUUGCUGAAUAAAAAACAACAG